CCCAAAACAUCCAGAGUUUCCACGCGUUCCCUCGUUUUUCAGAGUUUCAAUCUCGACCUUAACGGCGAGCUAACGGGCAUUUCUUCUCACCACAAAAUUUACCCAUCAAUCACCAUGUGGUUGAUCAACACACGCACCCUUGGGCUCGAGGAGUUUGUGGGCGCCGACAUACCCGCGUAUGCAAUUCUUUCGCACACAUGGGAGACUGGAGAGGUCACAUUCCACGACGCCAAAGCAAAGCUACUGGGGAAACAGACCUCUCAAGGCGCCCGCAAGGUAGCAAAAGCAUGUGAAGUUGCAGCCGAACAUGGACUGGCCUAUGCCUGGGUUGAUACAUGUUGUAUUGACAAGUCCAGUAGUGCGGAGCUCACAGAGGCCAUCAAUUCCAUGUUCCAAUGGUAUCGCUCCUCACAGAUUUGCUUGGUCUACCUCUCCGAUCUCAAAGCAGUCGAACUUGACCACGCAAUGUGCACGUCCCGCUGGUUCAAACGUGGAUGGACGCUUCAAGAACUCAUAGCUCCCUCCAGACUCAUGUUCUACGACCAGGACUGGAAGAAAAGGGGGACGAAAGAGGAUUUGGCAAGCCUACUUAGCAAGAUCACUCGCAUUGAUAUUGGAAUCUUGUUGGAUCCUUCCAGAGUGUAUACUGUUCCGGUUGGCAAAAGAAUGAGUUGGGCGGCUGACCGGCAAACAACGCGUUUGGAAGACAGGGCCUAUUCUUUGCUGGGAAUCUUUGACAUCAACAUGCCUCUAAUAUACGGAGAGGGCCCAAAGGCCUUUACAAGGCUACAAGAGGAAAUUAUACGGCGAAGCAACGAUGUCAGCAUCUUUUGCUGGCGAACCCAGGAAAAUACACGUUGGCGCGGUAUAUUGGCCUCCUCGCCUGAUGAGUUCAAGUGUGUAGCAGACGCUGAGGAUGAUGUGGCUCUCAAGAACGGCCCUGAAUACACUCUGACAAACAAAGGCCUCCGAAUUGAGCUCGACCUUGCGUCUGCCGGCCCGAACCUCUACUUCAUGGCACUGUAUUGUACCGACUACUUCAAGGACGAGUGGCAGUGCAUCUACUUGACGGCCAUUGGU